GACGAGUGUCGGUUUAUCUUUCUCGACUUUCCGAAACUGUACGAGCUCAGUUACUUACACGUAAUCUGGCAUAAUUUCUGAAAUAAGAAUGUGCGAGGCGAGGAGUUCCCGGUGCACGUAGUGCGCGGUCUGAUAACACUGCCUGAAACCUCAAACAGAAUUUUACGUAGCCGCCCGGAAUGAUUCAUAUUUACAAUUUAAUGUGUGCGCAAUACAUGUACUUACUUACACUAAUUUUUAUAUAUUUUAUCUACGAGCGUAAUAUCGAUAACGUGUCUAAUUAUUGAAUGAAUAGCAAACAAGUUCAUGAAGAAGUAGUGUAUCCGAUAUAUUUAAUAAAAGAAUUAUUAAAUUAUUGGUUAUUUUGUACAGAAGAACGUUGUUAGUAUGGCUAAAAAAAUUUCUAUCAACACUGGAAAUGAUGAAUUGGAUGAUAAAAUCAAUGAAUGGUUAAUGUGGAACAAGGAUCCAAAAGCAGAACGCCAAGUUGAAAAACUUAUUUCUGACAAUAAUAGCAAAGUUUUAUUCAAUUUAUUCUUAAAGAGGCUUGAAUUUGGGACAGCUGGUUUGAGAGGUUGUAUGGGUCCAGGAUAUAGUCAGAUGAAUGAUUUAGUUAUAGUUCAAACUGGUCAAGGUUUAUCUAAGUAUUUAAUCGAUGUUGUACUUGAUGUAACUGCAAAAGGUGUAGUAAUAGGAUACGACGGGCGUCACCAUAGUAAAAGAUUUGCAGAAUUGACUGCCACAAUUUUUGCAGCGAGAAACAUAAAAGUUUAUCUUUUCUCAAAAGUUGUUCCAACCCCCUUUAUAUCUUAUAGCAUAUUGAAAUACAAAUGUGCGGCUGGAAUAAUGAUUACAGCUUCUCAUAAUCCCAAAAAUGAUAAUGGCUAUAAAGUCUAUUGGGAAAAUGGAGCCCAAAUAAUUUCACCGCACGAUAAGAAAAUCCAAAAGUAUAUACUUGAAAAUCUUGAACCGAUCGAAUCGUCGUGGAAUGUGUCCAAAAUCUACAACAGUCCUUUAUACAAAGAUCCAUGGAAUGACAUUAUGGAAUCCUAUUGUUAUGAUCUCAAACAAACUGUUCUAUAUCCUGAAGUAAAUAAAAAUACAAUACUAAAAUUCACAUACACUCCUAUGCAUGGUGUUGGAUAUGAAUAUAUGAGUGCAGCCUUUAAUACUGCAAAUUUAAAGCCAUUUAUAGUAGUCGAGCAACAAAAGUUACCGGAUCCAGAAUUUUCAACUGUUAAAUUUCCAAACCCCGAAGAAGGAAAAAGUGCUCUAGAUCUCAGUAUAAAAGUAGCAAACGAAAAUUCUUCUUCGAUUAUUAUUGCUAAUGACCCUGAUGCAGAUAGAUUAGCUUGUGCUAUAAAAAUAACCAACGAUGAAUGGUACAUAUUUUCUGGUAAUGAAUUAGGAGCACUGUUGGGAUGGUGGAUGAUGCAUGUGUAUCAAGUGCAACAUCCUGAUACAGAUUUUUCUCAUACAUAUAUGUUAGCAUCAACGGUAUCGAGUAAAAUUUUGGCAUCGAUGGCUAAACAAGAAGGAUUUAAUUUUGAGGAAACUCUAACAGGUUUUAAGUGGAUGGGUAAUAGAACUGUGGAAUUGAAAAAAGCAGGUAAAGAAGUUAUCUUUGCAUUUGAAGAAGCUAUUGGCUUCAUGUGUGGUUCUAACGUUCUUGAUAAGGAUGGUAUAAGUGCUGGCAUGCAUAUAGCAGAAUUAUCAACUUACCUUGAAACUAUGGGCCUUACUCUUCGUGAUAAGUUGGAUGAAAUAUAUGCUCGAUACGGAUAUCACAUUUCUAAAAACUCGUACUGGAUAUGCCAUGAACCAGAUGUAAUAAAGAUAAUAUUUGAAAGAUUAAGAAAUUAUGCUGAUGAACCAAAUACGUACCCAACAAGCAUCCUAGAUGGAAAAUAUUCAAUAAUAGGUGUUCGUGACCUAACAACUGGAUAUGAUAAUACAAAACCAGAAAAUAAGGCACUUUUACCUGUUUCAAAAUCAAGUCAGAUGAUUACUUUUACAUUCAAGAAUGGUUUGGUCGUAACAUUAAGAACCAGCGGUACCGAACCUAAAAUUAAAUAUUAUAGUGAACUAUGCGCAUCCCCUGAGAAGCAGAACCUUAAUAUAUUAAGGAAUAUGCUUGAUGAAAUGGUGUCAGCUGUUGUAGCAGAAUUUCUUCAACCCGAACUAAAUGGACUCAUAUCUCGUACUAGUUAAAUAAUAUUACAAGCUUUAAACAUGAAUUAUUUACCAC